AUGAACACCAUGACCAGGAUUACCAUUGUGACCACCAUGAACACAAUGAACACCCUUACCAUCGUGACCACAAUGAACACCGUUACCAUUGUGACCACCAUGAACAGCAUGACCACGAGUGGAUCAGAGGAGGUAGAGUCCAAUCACUCCAAAACACUGAAGCCGGAUUUCAAACCUUCUGUCCACGCCCCCCUGCCCCUUCUGUCCACGUCCCCCUGCCCCUUCUGUCCACGUCCCCCUGCCCCUUCUGUCCACGUCCCCCUGCCCCUUCUGUCCACGCCCCCCUGCUCCUUCUGUCCACGUCCCCCUGCCCCUUUUGUCCACGUCCCCCUGCCCCUUCUGUCCACGUCCCCCUGCCCCUUCUGUCCACGUCCCCCUGCCCCUUCUCUCCACGUCCACGUCCCCCUGCUCCUUCUGUCCACGUCCCCCUGCCCCUUCUGUCCACGUCCCCCUGCUCCUUCUGUCCACGUCCCCCUGCUCCUUCUGUCCACGUCCCCCUGCUCCCUUCUGUCCACGUCCCCCUGCCCCUUCUGUCCACGUCCCCCUGCCCCUUCUGUCCACGUCCCCCUGCCCCUUCUGUCCACGCCCCCCCCUGCUCCUUCUGUCCAUGUCCCCCUGCCCCUUCUGUGCCCCCUUGCCCCUUCUGUCCACGUGCCCCCUGUCCACGUCCCCCUGCCCCCUUGCCCCUUCUGUCCACGUCCCCCUGCCCCUUCUGUCCACGUCCCCUGCCCCUUGUUCACGUCCCCCUGCCUAUACAAAGUCAUUGUCCCCCGAAGGGCGAGUUCUACACUGACUGGAGGCACUCUGUUCGGUGUCCUCUUUUAUAUGGUGUACAGGCUCCGCCCCCCCACUCUUGUUGUGUAA